UUUCUCUUCUUCUCAAAUUAUCAGGAUAAUUUGAUUCUCCAUUUUAAUUAUUUUUCUUUAUUUUUUCGUUAAUUAAUUUCUUUUACUUUCCUGCUAAUUUGUAUGUUCCAACUGAUUGUUUAUACCUGGUGAUUUAAAGAGAAAUCGUAUUAGUCUCAAAAUGAUUUGGUUUUACAUUUUUACUUGUUUAUUGUAUUUUUUGUCUUUGUUUACAUUUUCGUGUUGGUCAAUUACUCCUCCAACUGAUAUGCUUGGCAAUUUACCUAAUUAUAAUCCGGUUACCGGUGAAAUGGAAGAUUUAGAUUUUCGAGUUGCCAUUGAACCAGGAAAGGUUGAAUGUUUUUAUCAAGAUGCAGCUAAAGAUCAUAAUCUUGACAUAUCUUAUCAGGUUAUUGAGUUAAGUCCAAGAUUCCAAUGGAUGUAUUCACUUAAUACUGUUGCUGAUUUGGUGAUUGAUUUUUUUAUGAAAGAUCCACAAGGUAGAUUGGUUUUUGAGGAAAGAGAUAAACAGGAAGGUAAUCACAUUGAAUUGGUACAUAAUCAGGGUGUUUAUACACUUUGUUUUGAUAAUCGACGAUCAGGAUCAACUAAAUUGGUCAAUGUUGAGGUUUAUCUUUAUUCAAAGGAUGAUGAUGAUCGAUGGGGAUACAUUGAGGGUAUGAUUACUUUCACCCCGGAGGGUCAAGCCAUGGAUACAAUUGAAUCUAUUAAGACUUCAAUUAACAAGGUUCGAGAUGAUCUAAUCAAAAUUGUCCACAGUCAAGAUGAGAGAAGAGCAAUUGAGCGUCGUGAUCGGGUUCUAGUUGAUAACAAUUCUAAAACUAUUAAUCGAUUUUCAUUUGUCUCUACUUUACUAAUGAUCGUAGUUGGCCUUGGACAGAUUAUGGUUAUAAGAAGUCUAUUCGAUGAGAAAAGUCAUUUGCGAAAAAUUUUCAAACACUUCUAAAGGAUGGAAAAUCAGUUAACAAUUUAAUUGAAUCUCCAUUGGAAAAUCUAAACCAAAGUCUUAUUUUUGUUUACCAUCAGCAGCUAAUCUUGAAAUAUUAAUAAGAUUUGCCCGAUAAUCAAUCACAAUGAUGCUCAACAACCAGUCAAACAAUCAACAAUUUUACUACUACAAUUUACUAAACUUUUCUUAUGCAUUUUAAUUGAAAAUUGUUGGACAGAGGAAAGAAAAGUUGAAACAAUUAGUCAAUGAAAAACUUGUCACAUUCUCCCAGGGAAAUUAACUAAUCACAACAAUAAUUAGAAUGAUAAUCAAAGGAGACCUUUGUUUAUCUCUAAUUGUGAUCUCAUUGUAAAAUGAUCAAUUGUAACAAUUAUCAUAUAAACACCAACGGUGCCAAUAAAGUGCAAAUUAAUUUGCAUUUGUUGAUAAAACGACAAACAAUUAAAUUGAUCUUCAAUGAUUAAUUGUUACCUUUUUUACCCAAUCCCUAAUUAACAAUCAAUUAACUUUUGAUCAACUUGGUGAGCAUAUGAAUAUAUGGUUAAGGAAAUUAUCUUGAUAACAAUUUGUUAAAAUCUAGAUAAUUAAAUCAAAUCUGAUUCCAAUUUAAUGUAACAUCAUUUAAUCAACAACUUUUAAUGGAUUUUGAUUGUUACUAGAAAUCAACUUUAAUUUCAUAUUGUCAACAUUUUCAUUUAAUAAUUAGUGACAAUUAAUUUCCAUGCAAUCAGCUAAUUUAAAAGUAAAUUCAAUCAAUUGAUUAACUUAAAGAUUAACGAAAACAAAAAAAUGUUUCUUUCAUUGGCUUUAUUAACUGUAAUCAUUGAGCAAAUUGUUUGCCAAUCAACUGAAUUAGUUGCAAUUAAUUCUGAUGGUAAUUCAACAAAUGUAUCAACCGAUCAACAAGACAAAAUUAUGUCUCUACUUAAUGUCAACAAUUUACUUCAUCUAGGAAAUCAAUAUGGACCGCUAAUUGUAUCAGGAAUCGGUUUAUUGUUUUCGUUAAUUUCAAUAAUUAUGGUUAAUCAAGUCAAGAAUCAAAUUCGUAAACUACUAAAAGUAUCACAAUCGGAAAAACUUGAAUUGAAACAAUUAAGAAAUGGUCACUUAUCAACAAUUUCCGAAGCUGGUUAUGAUUUAGAUGAAUUUGAUGAUCAAGUUUAAUUGUUGAUCAAUCCAAUCAUCACAAUUAGAAAUCAUCUUUUAAUAAAUUAACAACAAAAUUGUAAAUAAUUCAAAUUCAUUUCUAAAAAAUGUUAAAUAAAAUAUCAACGCAAUUAUAACGUUAA